CUUCCGACAUGUUUGUACAUGCAUACAUACAUAUUACAAUACACUAUAAAAAUCUAAGAGUAUAGCGAGGGCUCAAAUCUACUGAUAUUGUUUAAAUAAUUAUAUGUAAAAAAAUGUGUAGCGCUUAUCAGGUCGCCAAUUCAACAAAGGUUAAUUUAUACACAAUAUUGUGUGGAUGUGGAAUUAAAUUUGCAAUUUUAUAUUGAGAAUUAGCAUUGAACUUUGAUUUUGACGAAUAAUUGUAAUUUGCAAUAUAUUGUCAAUAACAAAAAAUUACUUAAAGGGUCGACUUUGAUUGUUCCUAAGAUGGAAGCGUUACAUCCUACAGCGAAAUUAAUGCAAGGACUGCAGUUUGCUGCUAGCAAACAUCGUACACAACUGCGGAAAGAUAAUGAGACACCCUACAUAAAUCACCCUAUAAAUGUGGCAACCAUUCUCGCUGUGGAAGGUGGUAUCUCCGAUGAAAAUGUACUUAUUGCUGCUCUAUUGCAUGACACUGUUGAGGAUACCGAUACCACAUUUGAAGAAAUCGCGCAACAUUUUGGCGAGGAAAUUUGUGCAAUUGUGCGUGAGGUCACGGACGACAAGACAUUGAGGAAACAAGAACGCAAACGCUUGCAAAUCGAACAUGCGGCAAGUUCAAGUGAGAAUGCGAAAUUAGUGAAAUUGGCGGAUAAGUUGGACAAUCUACGAGAUUUAAACAGGAAAGCGCCAAUCGGUUGGACACCUGAGCGUCAAGAACAAUACUAUGUUUGGGCUAAGAAAGUGGUGGAUAAUAUGCGUGGCACAAACGUAGAGUUGGAGCGCGAAUUAGAUGAAAUUUUUAAAACUAAAAAACUACUUUAAAAUAUAUUUUCCAAAUAGAUAUCGGUUUAAUUUAUUAAUUCUUAGCUAUUAAAUUAAUGAACUUUUGUGAGAAAUGAAA